CGGAACUUCUGCAACUUGAGCCGGGGUCGGGGGGUAGGCCGUGAGAUAGACAGUUUUCACAAAACAUGGGGUAAUAUAGUGCCGGGAAACCUUCCUUGUCUUAUCUGGAAAACGCGUCCCGUUGGGUAGAGCAGAGAGAGAUGUGACGAUCCACGCCUUAUAUAGACCUGGCGGGAGCACAUUGCGCCUGCCAUCAUGCAGCGGUGUUCUUCCUUGUGAUGCCCUCCGUUCAAAGUCAUUGGAAUUUUCGAACAGCCAAUCGACAACAUGAUUUUCGGCAGCCUUGCCUUCGCGGCGCGCCAUGAGCGAACGGCAGAGGAGAGGAAGCUGGUCAGGAGACUGGACAUAUUCUUGAUGACUUUUGGUUGCAUUUCGCAGGUCAUCAAAUACCUUGAUCAGACGAACAUCAGCAACGCAUACGUCUCUGGCAUGAAAGAAGACCUCAACCUCUACGGCAACGAGCUCAACUACUUCACAACGUACUUCAACGUCGCCUACUGCAUCAUGCUCAUCCCCUCUCAAAUCAUACUAACCUACGUACGACCGAGCUACUGGCUCUCUGGCCUCGAGGUUCUAUGGGGUAUCAUCACAGGCAUGAUCGCCCUCACCAAGAACGCGCAACAAGUCUACGCACUCCGCGUCCUACUCGGUCUCUGCGAGAGCAGUGCCUGGCCCGGCAUGAUGACGCUGCUGAUGCACUGGUACACCCCGUCCGAGUUGGCCAAGCGAAUGGGAUUCUACCACUCGUGUCAGGCGGUGGGCUCCAUGAUGUCGGGCGCGCUGCAAGUUGCCAUUAGGAGCUCCAUGCAUGGGCUACACGGCAUGGCCGGCUGGCGCUGGCUUUUCGUUGUGAAUGCCAUCAUGACUGUGUGCGUCGGCGCUGCGGGCUUCUUCCUUCUUCCCGACACACCUAACAACCCCAACCCCCGCGCGUUCUGGUUCAAGAAGGGACACGCCGAGCUUGCUAUGGAGCGGUUGGAGCGCCAUGGUAAAGCAGAGCCCAAGAAGAUGACAUGGGCCGCUGCCAGGCGUGCAUUCAAGAGUUGGGUAAUCUACUUCGUACCCGUCCUGUACAUUGCAACUGUCCUCUUGUCGUAUGGCAACAACUACUUCGGCCUGUUCCUGAAGGCUCUGAAGAAUCCGGAUGGGACACCCAGGUGGUCGACGUCCGAGGUUAACGCCAUUCCCAUUGGUGGAAGUGCGAUCAACGUGGUGUUCGUCUGGGUCUGGGCAAUCUUGUCGGACUUGUUCAUGACACGAUGGACUCUCAUCGUUGUUCAGGCUGUGAUUGGCAUUGCAUGCUGUAUCGCGAUGAGCGUCUGGUCCUCACACCCUACUACGACACCGCUCGCCACGGCCUACGCGUCCAACUUCAUCCUCUUCACGGCAAUGGGCACCGCGCCUCUCAUCUUCGCAUGGCUGGCCGACAUUCUACCCCAUGACCCCGAGGCGCGGACUCUCAUCGUCGGAGUUGCCAUCGCGGGAUACUACGCCAUCUCUGCCUGGUCGCAGGUUCUGGUAUGGCCGGCCACUCAGGCACCGUACUACAAGUACGCAUGGCAGUCAGCUAUUGCCAUCGGUGUUCUCGUCGUUAUCAUGACAUGUGUGCUUCGUUACAUUGAUGCAAAGCAUCUAGAGCCCAAGAGAGAGCAGUUCAGAGCCACUGUUAUUGAGGCCGCCGAGGCGCAUGAUAGGGACGCAGCGGAUUCGAUCGCUCGCGAUUCCGUCGACCGGAAAGUGAAGUCGGCUGCUAUUGUGCCGGAAGUCUGAGUUCGUGUCACUUGCCGGACUCGGGUAUUCUCUAGACACUGGAACUCGGGGUCCCCUUAAUGGAUGUUGACUCAUUGUAGUCUGAUAUCCGUGGCCACAGAUGAACUUGCAGUAAUUAAAUAUCUAAGAUACGUUCGACACAGAUGCAUUUGAAUGUUUUCACUUUCCCUACCG